UCCAGACAGACCGAACAAUACCGACAACUUAAAGGAUACAAUAAUGCCGAGCCGUCCACCCCGCGACUAGGCUGGGCGGCUAGCUGUGCAUCUCUGAGAGACGCUGAGGUAUCAUACAAUUUCCACGUUUAGAUUUGAGCCUGUCUCCCUCUCUGUUGUGUUUAUUUGGACAUGUCCUCGCUAAAUAUAGACGACGAGGACCAGAGAUGGGUUCCUACACACGUCCAGGUCACCGUUCUGCGGGGCAGGGGCUUGCGGGCAAAGGGCAAACACGGUACCAGCGACGUCUACACCAUAAUCCAGGUGGGCAAGGAGAAAUACUCCACUUGUGUUCUGGAAAAGACCACUGCUCCCGAAUGGAAGGAGGAAUGUUCUUUCGAGUUGUUACCGGGUGUUCUGGAGCAGGUUGGGGACGGGGGCGCCUACCCUCCUGGGAGCAGCGACUUGGUCCUGACGGUGAUGCACCGGGCGCUCAUAGGACUGGACGUGUUUCUGGGCCAAGCUGUCAUCCCCCUGGAUAAGGUGUUUCAGGACAGAAUAUGCAUGAAAAACGAGUGGUACAAGUUGAACUCCAAGACUGGGAAGAAGGAGAAGGAGCGAGGGGACAUCCAGGUGACGGUGCAGUUCACCAAGAACAAUCUGACAGCCAGCAUGUACGACCUCUCCCUGGGUAAGGACAAGCCCCGGUCCACCUUCGGCAAGAUCAAGGACCGCAUCAAGGGCAAGAAGAGGAGCAGCAAGGACUCUGAUGAAGACUCUGCCUCCACUAUUGUGAGCGGCUACGGCCCCGUUUCCCGCAUGAGGAACCGGUUGCCGAGCGAUGGCGGCGGGGAGGAAGACUAUGAGGACGACGAAGGAGGGGAGGGGCGGAGGAGUAAGAUGAGGAACUUCUUCCUGCGAGGGAAACUGAGGAAGUCGUCCGAUACGAGGUCGAGCACGUCGCUAGGGUCGGAGAGUAGUGAGUCGUCGUCGAGGGGAGGGAGUCUCAGUCCCACCGCUGGGAUCUCUGUAGUGGUGUCUGACCUGUCUAACUCGCCUAGCAACAGCAGCAACUUCACAGCAGACAGCCCUGAGCAUACGGCAGAGUCGUCUCCCAAGCUGGCCUCCUAUACAUGUGAGUUCACUGACGAGUCUGGAGAGAUCAACAUCCCUGUGCCUCAGCCUGUCUGCAUCAAUGGAAGCCAUGUGUACAACACCACCCUGGACCCUUGCCCGGGGAACCCCGUAAUACCUUUAGAUCCUCUAGCCCUGGUGAAGAAGAACCUGCCUCUGUCCCAAUCCCUCCAGAACCUCAACCAGCAGAGAGAGGAGCUCCCUGUCCUCCUCCCUAAAGGUCCCGCUGCGGACGGCCGGCGCUGGUCCUUUGACAAGGCAGGGAAGGAGGAGAAGGUGGCCAUCGCAGCGGCCCUGGAGCAGGCUGGUCAGGGGAUGGUCGAGGGAGCCAGGGAAGAGUCAGACAGAGACAACCAGGGGAGGAAACGGAGCAGGAACUGUCUCGAUGAGUCUGAACAGGCCUCUAACUCUGACUCUGGCGAGAAACACAAAGGAUGGUUUGGAUCAAAGGACAACCAUAGCAAACCCAGGUGA